CAAAAAAAUCUAGCAAAAAUGGCCACUAAGAGAAACACUUCACUUGCUCUAUUCCUUUCACUCAACCUAAUCUUCUUCACGUUGGCCGCUUCUUGGACUCCGCCGAGCCCUAAACCGAGCGCCUCGUGCCCUAGAGAUGCCCUAAAACUCGGCAUCUGCGCCGACCUGCUAGGCAGCCUUCUCAACUUGACAAUUGGGAUGCCUCCGACAAUGCCAUGCUGCAGCCUCAUCGAGGGGCUGGUCGACCUUGAGGCUGCGGUCUGCCUUUGCACCGCGAUUCGGGCUAACAUUUUGGGGAUUAACCUUAAUGUCCCACUCUCUCUCAGCUUGCUCCUCAAUGUGUGCAACAAGAAUGUGCCCAAGGACUUCGUCUGUGCUUAGUUGUUUUAAUAUUAUUGUGCUUGUGUGACAUGUCUUCAAUAAAAGUAAUUAAUGUGUAAUGGGAUUUAUUGGCUUUCUUAA